CGUGAAACCAGCUGCGCCGUAAAUAUAAACACGUACAUACUCGCGCGCGCCAAUGUCUUGGGCUAACGGCAUCCGUUAUGCUUCGUCUAUUGAUUGGAAAGAAACAUGUAAGCGCAUACAGUGCGGCACAUCACUGCUCUACACAAUUGCUGAUGGCUUGUGCCAUGCAUCUAGCAGAAGAUCCCUGUCGUACAAAGCCGCAGUAAACCCCCUGACACUCUUUCUCCAGGAGAUAACCCUUGUGAGAUGGUUCCGUUUUUCUUGCUACUUUUGUGUACAUUGAUCUUUGUUAGUUCAGGAUCUUCCUCGGAUCCAUAUUGGUUUCUUGGAGGAACGAACAGCUGGUGUAGCUACAAUGGCGCAGAAUUUUGGGCAGCUGAAACAUACGAGCAUGGAGGACUCUGUGCCUACAUGUUUGAGAUAAACCGCACAUAUGCGUGUCCUGCUCCAGACACGGCGUGCUGGACAUUGUCAAAGACUGGCGAUCUUGAUACCGGGCCAAAUGAUGUUGCUUCUUCAGACGUGCUAUGCAACACAAUAGGAAGGGAGGGUAGAGAUGUGUGGUGGUUUUGCGAUGCCACCCAUGAGAACUGUAAUCCUGCUGUCGGCCACCCGGACUGCAUAAGUCAGUUCUCGAAUCCACUCAAAGACCUAUCGGACGAUGAGGCAGGUUCUGUGGCAAGAACCUUAGCAGCAUCUGCUCUCAGGACUCUACGCGGAGAAAACCCUACCAUUACAGUUUCGACCCAAGCUUCAGAGGGUCCUACGACGAUGCCGACAGCAAAGUCAGAGACAUGGAUGAUCACAUCUGUCGUGUCCAGUUCGUCUGGAGUUGGAGCCUUUCCGACAACUACCAGUCCUGGCCCAGGUGGGCCUGUCAACAAUACCUCAACCCAGGCUGAUAGUGAAAACCAAGAUGGACUAAGCACCGGCGCUCUUGUUGGGAUAGUAGUCGGUGCAGCUUCAGGGGGUGCUUUACUCGUGGUCCUUGUUUUGAUAUACCGACGAGGCAAGAGACGGCAUUCUGCGGAGCUGAACGCUAAGACCCCCUACAAGAAGAAGGAAGACAUCUGGGACGGUUAUUAUCAGGAUGCUCCACAUUACCAGCGGAAUCCAAUGCCAGUUGAGAUUGAAGAUGGACAUUUGGCUGAGUUACCCUCUCAUUAUCGAAGGCCAGUAGAGCUGCCAGGGGACACUACACUAAAAUAAGCAGCCUAUAGAUUUGUACGUGUUGGUGGAAAAUAUGAUUUCGAUGUAAAAUAAUGGCUUUCGCUGAAUCCAAUCUUGCCCUGAAGUAAAGGCUCAAUACAUCUUCAAGGCGCUCUAGUCUUGCUGUUUGGAUCUGAUUUUCCAUAUGCUGAUGAGAGUGGAGUGCAUUUUGAAUCGUUAGAUAUGUGGCUUGAGGCUUUGAAGUCUGUU